GCGCUAAAUCGAUCACUUUCGUCAGCUACCUUCACUCUCGAGGCCGUCAGAGCAAAACCCUAGAAUCUCCAGUUCUUCUCUACGUCUUUGCGUGUUUGAGAAAUGUCGACGGUGCCGGGGCAGCUCAUCUGGGAGAUCGUGAAGAAAAACAACUCUUUUUUGGUGAAGGAGUUCGGAAAUGGAACAGCUAGCGUUAAGUUCAGCAAGGAGCCCAACAAUCUCUACAACAUCCACUCUUUCAAGCACUCAGGAUUGGCAAACAAGAAAACUGUGACCAUUCAACCAGGAAAAGAUCAGACUGUGGUCCUUGCUACUACAAAAACAAAGAAGCAGAACAAGCCAUCCACUCUGCUCAACAAGUCUGUCAUGAAGAAGGAGUUUCACCGAAUGGCCAAGGCUGUUUCAAACCAGGUGUGUGAUAACUACUACAGACCUGACUUGAAGAAAGCAGCUCUUGCAAGGCUGAGUGUUGUCCACAGAAGCCUUAAGGUUGCCAAAUCAGGUGCCAAGAAGAGGAACAGGCAAUCAUCUUAGAACACAGUCAGAAGUAGUUUGGGCUCGAUUGCCUUUCCAAGCAUCUGGAUGCUUAAUGGAAUACUAAAGAUUUUGCUGAUUUCAUUUUCUCUUGAAUUUUUGAUUUGGACACAAAUACAUCAGUUGAUAACAUUGCUUUUUGUUUUACAUGUAUCCUUGAAUCUUUGUUUUAUCUAAUGGGAUGCAAUCUUUUUUGAGAAA